UGCCUGUACAAACUGUCAUUGCCAUGUGUUUUUGAGGUUAGGUAUUUUAAAAAUUUUCUAUUUUUUAUAGAAAAAAUUGUCCAAAAACAUUGACAAUAUUGAACAUGUCUCGUUUGGUCGUUAAAAAUUUACCUAAAAAUAUAACUGAAGAAAAACUCAGAAAUUUGUUCCAAGAGAAAGGCACUAUAACUGAUGUUCAGUUAAAGUACACCCCUGAGGGUAAAUUUCGUGAGUUUGCUUUCGUGGGCUACCAGAAUGAAAAUGAAGCCCAGGAAGCUAUUAAACACUUUGAUGGCAUGUUCAUGCACACCAGAAAGAUAAAGGUUGAGCCAUGUGCACUAUUAGGGGAUUCCAAGAAACCUAAAGCUUGGAGUAAAUAUGCCCCAGAAAGUACCGCAUAUAAGAAGGCUCACGGUAUUUUAACAAAGGAAGAAGACAAUGAUAAACCCAAAGUUGCAAAGAAGAAUCAAAAAGAAGAUGAAACUAUAGAACUACUUAAAAAAUAUCAAGAUGAUCCAAUGUUUGAAGAAUUUUUAGAGCUUCACAAUCCUGAAGAAAGCAAGAAAUUGCGCAAAAUUAUAGAAAAACAAAAAGAACACGAUGUCAAAUCAGAAAGUGAGGAAGAUGAGGGAAAGGGUAGCUCUUCAGAAAAUGACUCAGAUGAAGAAACGCAAGACAGAUUAGCUGACCAAAAAAUCAGUGACUUAGAAUACAUGAAAAAACUGGUAAAGAAGAAAGAAAAACCGAAGAAGGAACCCAAAAAGUUGGAUUUAUUUACACUGAAGUUGAGAGGCCUUCCAUAUAAUUCCAGAAAGAAAGAUAUAAAACAAUUCCUAAAACCCGUUACUCCCUUUUCUAUCAGACUUCCUGCAAAAAUUCACGGGAUUGCGUAUGUGGGCUUUAAGACCGAAAAAGACUACAAGAAAGCCCUCCUGAAAGACAGAAGUUUCAUCGCCGGGAAAAGAAUUUCCGUCAUGGAAUACUCCGGAAAAAAUAACACCGAACACGAGGAAACUUCAAAUAAUGUUCGGAAAAAAUGGGUGAGUCAGGAGGAGGCUCUCAAAAACGAGGAAGAUAUCGCGGAGACGGGCAAAAUUUUUGUGAGAAAUUUGGCAUACACUACAACAGAAGACGAUGUUGAGAAUCUAUUUUCAAAAUUUGGCCCGCUAGCUGAGGUGAAUUUGCCGGUGGAUCCCACGUCUAAAAAAAUCAAAGGCUUUGGCACUGUGACAUUUGUGAUGCCUGAGCACGCGGCUAGAGCUUACGGGGAACUGGAUGGCUCUAUUCUGCACGGGCGCAUGGUGCACCUUCUGCCAGGAAAAAGCAAAGAUGUGGCCGAUGAACCAGACUUAGAAGAAAGUACGAAUUUUAAGAAGAAGAAGGAAGCGAAACAGAAAUCUGAAGCUGGGUCGUCUCAUAACUGGAAUUCGCUAUUUUUGGGGCACAAUGCAGUUGCUGAAGUCAUUGCAGACACUUACAGUACUUCAAAGGAAAAAGUUAUGGGGUUACAUGAUGACGGUAGCGCUGCUGUGAGACUUGCACUGGGAGAGACACAAAUCGUGGCACAAACUAGGAAAUAUCUGGAGCAAGAAGGCGUCCAACUUGAUGCUUUCAGUAACAAUAAAUGUAAAAGGUCGAAAACAGUGAUCCUUGUAAAGAAUUUGCCGAAUAAAACUGAAGCCAAGGAGAUUAGAACAAUAUUUGAAAAGUUUGGCUUGGUUGGACGGUUGAUUUUGCCCCCUAGUGGCAUUACAGCAAUUGUUGAAUUUCUUGAACCGUCUGAGGCACGGAAAGCUUUCACUUGUUUGGCUUACACGAAGUUUAAAAAUGUGCCACUUUAUUUAGAGUGGGCUCCGGAAAAUUCUCUAGGUGAACGAAAAGAGCCACCUGUAACGAAUGAAGACACUACAGAAGUUAAACAAAGUGAAAAUAAUAAUGAAGUUGAAGAAACUGUGGAAGAAUCUGAACCUGAUACUACUUUAUUUGUUAAAAACUUGAAUUUCCAAACGACUGAUGACGGUCUAAGGAAGCAUUUUGAAAGUUGUGGCAAACUUGCGUACGCCAGCGUUGCAACUAAAAAAGACAAAAACGACCCAAGUAAACGUCUAUCCAUGGGAUAUGGCUUUGUUAGGUUUAUACAUAAAAGCAGCGCUGAUAAGGCUCUCAAAACCCUUCAGCAGAGCACUCUAGACGGCAAAUCCCUAGAAUUGAAGAGAUCUGAACGGACGUUGAACAACGAGGUCAAAGUUGUUAAAAAAAGCACCAAAGCAACGAAACAAACAGGAACCAAGAUUUUGGUUCGAAAUAUCCCAUUCCAGGCUAACCAGAAGGAAAUUAGGGAACUUUUUAGUGUUUUUGGCGAAAUUAAAGCGUUAAGGCUCCCAAAGAAAAUGGCCUUGGAUGGGGGCUCACAUCGAGGUUUUGCGUUUGUCGAUUUUGUGGCAGCCUCUGAUGCCAAGAAUGCAUUUGAGGCUUUGUGUCAAAGUACCCACUUGUACGGUCGGAGACUAGUUCUCGAGUGGGCCUCAAGUGAGGACAGUGUGGACGAUAUCAGGAAGCGAACAGCGGCUCACUUCCAAACCACUGAAGCAGUCAAGUCGAAGAAAAGUGUUUUAAGCAUUGAUUAAUUAAAAAUAAAAACUACACUUUGUCUA